CAUUGGCACAGUCCACACAAGGCUCUCCUGGCAGCCAACACGGGCCUCCAGACCACAGGGAAAACCAUGGAGACAUCAGGACCCUCCUCCCAGACUCCAGAUCAUAGUCGAGUCCAUGGAGAAACAGAAGAUCUAGACUAUGAAGAGACGGAUUUCCACAAGCCAGACAGGGAGGCUGGACUCCUUUCUCAUGAACAACCCAAGCAGACCAAGAGAGACAAGUCUUCUACCUCCUUCUCCUCUUCUUCCCCCUCCUCCUCUUCCUCCUCGUCAUCCUCUUCUUCCUCAGGUGCUGAGCAUGAGGAGUCUGACCUUUUGACGGAUGAGCUUCAGCUCUAUGGAGGUGCCCCUGGAGAGGUGGUGCCCUCUGGAGAAUCAGGACUCCGAAGAAGAGGUUCUGACCCAGCAAGUGGAGAAGUGGAGGCCUCUGAGUUAAGAAGACUGAAUAUAAAGAAAGAUGAUGAGUUUUUCCAUUUUGUCCUGCUCUGCUUUGCCAUUGGGACCUUGCUGGUGUGUUAUCACUAUUACGCAGACUGGUUCAUGUCCCUUGGGGUCGGCCUACUCACCUUCGCCUCCCUGGAGACAGUCGGCAUCUACUUUGGGCUGGGUCACGGUGAGGUCAUUGGCAAAACCCCAUGGAAAAAAUGGGCAGUUCCACAAAACUGCAACAAAAACAGUUUAAAGUGGCAAACAAACAGAAUUAGCCAGAGAUCGAAAACAAGGCAGUUCACGGAGUGGGGUACUGAAUUCACUGAAUUUCCUGGCACUGUUAUUGCUGCUCAAGUGUACCGGAUCCACAGCGUCCUGCAUGGCUUCAUCCCCCUCUUUCAGAAGCUUAGGCUGAUGGGUAAUGUUUCCAUCCUUCCUAUGUUCACCAUCUUCCUCCCUAUCAGGGUCUUUGGUUGCGAACAGGGCUUAGCCUAUAGGAAACAGCAGGGCCUGGAAUCAGGGGCCCCUGCCAAUUCACCAGCUUUGGGGCCCAGGAUCAUCUUUCAGCCUCCGUUUCCUCCACUGGACCGUGGGUGUAGUAAUACCCACUGCACAAGGGUGUUAUGCAAAACCACAUGAGGAACGGAUGCGGAAGUCCUUAAGUGUGGAACACUGUAGAAAAGGGAAGGGAAUCUGGGUGUUCCUCAUUCUCUCAUAGAACUUUACAUUUACCCAAACACCAGUUUUGCCAGGAUUUUAUUUGCCUAUUAGGUGUGCUUCAGUUAUGGUGCACGUGACCGAUGAAGGAAUUGAGGCCCAGAGAGGUGGAGUGACUUGCCGAGGGUCACACAGCUAGUGUGGCUGGGCUGGGCUAAAGGAGAUCCUCUUUCUUUCUGACCAGCGGCUCUGUGCCUCCCAUGAUGUCUCAAAACUGAGAGGCCAGGGGGCUGUGUGGCUCUGUGCUGGGGAUAUCUGUCUCCUAUAGCCCAUUUAAUUCAUAAAGGGGAAAUUCGUUGCGGUGGCUGUGGGUCAUGGAGACCCGUGGCUUCUAGGGUGACAUUAUCCCAGCUGCGAGGAGUAUUUGGGCAUCUGGGGGGAUGGUGGAAAUGAGGCCUGGCUGCCUUCAGAAUCCCAUGCCAUCCUGCGGGGCUUUGCUUUCCAGGAUUCAGGAAGACCGACUGAGGCCAGUGCUGGGCCGGCAGCCAUGCUGGGCCCCAGUAUGACCACCACUGCAUCUCCUGGAUGUGCCAGGGCAGAGCCCCGUUCUGGGAGACACGCGGGCGGGCCAGUCUAGAGCAAUAAAGAGAGCACUUUUCCUUCCGUGUAGUCUGAACGUUGGCACCAGCCUGGACCCGGGUAUCAUUUGGGCAGUAUUGGCAUGCAGUCCAGCUGCCAGGAUGGAAAGCAGAGGCAAGGUGCCAGGCCUAUGCCCUUUGCGGUUCCUGGAUCAGCAGGAUUCUAGGAUGUCACUGCUCUCAGGAGACCGUAGGAGACCCCUGGGCCCUGCAAGCUGUCAUCUGUGUGGGCUCCUGAUUCCUCUCAAAUCCCCAGGCCAUCCAGGUGGGGUGAGAGAGGGAAGAGAGCCCACUGCCCCGCGGCAGGGAGCCAUCAUGCCAGGCCCCCAGGGUGAACCUGAUACAGGCGAGCUGCUGGGGACUAAAGCCACAGCAUCAAGGCAUCUUCUCUAGCCCCGCUGCCUUGGAUUCCAUCAAGAUUCAAAUAAACGUUUUCUUCCCUGGACUAAAAAGAGUCAGCUAAAUGUUCCUUCAAGUUUCUUGAGCAUGAGAACACAUUUGGAGUCUCCUUUGACCCCAUCUAGUCAGGGAGGACACCUUGUCUAUUGGAUAAAGUAUAAAAGGGAAUAAAGGUACAGCCCCUCACUUAAGGUCCAAGACUCAAAUUGCACAAGUUCAGAAAGAGGGUUUUGCAUACUUUCCUCUGAAAAGAUCUGGGGCUGCUAGGUGCUCUAAGCCCAACAAAUACCAAAGGAGUGAAAUAGAAGCACACAUACACAAAAAUCCCUUGCAAAAUUGGGUUGCAUAAAUGGAGGUACAGAGUCUAGAUUGAAGGAGGUGAUAGUACACCCUACUUUACACAGCUAUUCCACACCAACGCACAUAUUCAGUUCUAGAUUCACAUCUCAAGAGCAAUAGUGACAAACUAGAAAACAUACAGAAGAGACCAGAGUGGGAAUAGAAAGAAUGAUUGAAGAAACGAGAACUCUUCAAUUUACAGAAGAGAAAAGUGGGGCCUUCCCUGAGCUCACAGACUCUUGGAGGAUACUUUCUCAAGUGCUUAUGAUGGUCCAAGUACAGUCACAUAUGUUAUCUGAUUUAAUUCUCACAGCAGCCUUGAGAUGUGUCAGUCAUCCUCAUUUUGCAGAUGGAGAAAGAGACUCAGAGCUUUCGUAACUUCUCAAGUUCCCACAGCAAAGCAAGUGGCACAGGCUCCAUUUGAACCCAAGCUUAAGUUCUCCUUAUACCAAGCUGCCUUACAGAGCUUGGCCAGUCUAGGCCCCCACUCCAGGCAAAGCAGCCCCGAGGCAGCUGUACUUUUUCCCAGACUUUGGGAUUUCUGAGUUAGAGAGUAUUUUUUUUCUUUUUUUUUUUUUUAAGAUUUUAUUUAUUUAUUCA